AUGGGCUCCAAGACACCCGACGGUCAUCACCAGGGACCUAAUGAUUCCCCUGCACACGCUGCAAUUGCCUCCACCAACCCUCAAACGCCAGCUGCAGCACGCGGCCUCCUUCAAGGUACACUCGAAGGGGAGGAAGAAGAUGGAGACGACGACGAUGCCAAAUGCGGAGCUAAUGGGGAAGUGAAUGAUGCCAAAGGAAUUCAGAAGAAAAAAAGGAAGCGGAGCAAGAAGAACAAAAGCAAACUGCCUGUGCACCAAACGGUUCCUCCCCGAGUUGCCUUGUCCAAUCUCUUCCCGAACCUGCAAUACCCUGCAGGUGAAAUUGUGGAGAAUAUCGUCGAUGAGAAUCUUCAGCGUACCACCGCCGAAGAGGUCCGUCACCAAGCCGUGUUGGACGAUAUGGAUGACGAAUUCCUGAGCGACUAUCGUAAGGCUGCCGAGGUGCAUCGCCAAGUCCGAAAGCACGUCCAGACCAUCGCAAAGCCAGGCAUAACCAUGACCGAGCUUGCACAAGAGAUCGAAGACGGUGUGAGAGCCCUUGUCGGCCACCAAGGCCUUGAGACGGGCGAUGCUCUUAAGGCUGGCAUGGGUUUCCCCACAGGACUUUGCCUGAACCACGUUGCUGCACAUUGGACACCCAAUACUGGCAACAAGGAAGUUGUCUUGCAACAUGACGACGUUCUCAGUGUGGACUUUGGUGUGCAUGUUAGCGGAAGGAUUGUCGAUAGCGCCUUCACCUUGGCUUUCAAUUCCGUCUACGAUCCCUUACUCGCGGCGGUGAAGGCGACCACCAAUACUGGACUGAAAGAAGCCGGUGUCGAUGCCCGCAUGGACCAUCUGAGUGAGGUCAUGCAAGAAGUGAUGGAGAGCUACGAAGUCGAACUCAAGGGAAAGACUAUUCCCGUGAAGGCCGUUCGCAGCAUUACCGGUCAUAACAUCCUACGCUACAAGAUUCACGGUGAUAAGCAGGUCCCUUUCUACAAGACCAAGACGAAUCAGCGUAUGGAAGAAGGCGAUAUCUUCGCCAUCGAAACAUUUGGCACCACAGGCAAAGGUCGGAUGAUGGACGAUGUCGGCGUUUAUGGUUAUGGACGGAACGCGAACGUGAGCACCGCGGGCCUUCAUCAUGCAUCUGCCAGAUCAUUGCUGAAGACGAUUGAUGCGAACUUCGGGUCCAUAGUCUUUGCUAAGCGCUAUCUCGAACGCAUUGGAGCCAAAAACUACCACCUUGGUAUGAGAUCGCUCGUGCAGCACGGUGUGGUCGAGUCGUACGCACCGUUAGUCGACAUUCCCGGCUCGUACGUAGCCCAGUUUGAGCAUACUGUUCUACUACGUCCCAAUUGUAAGGAGAUCAUCUCUCGAGGCGACGAUUACUGA